AUGACCUUCACAGGCAUUGCCACUCUCGGUACUUCAAAAGGCUUGCUGGAAUUGUAUCACAUUCCUGCCGACGCGUCUACGCCGUAUACUUCUGGCAAUGACUACUCUAAUUCGGCGGGAAUCGGCUUCGGUCACAUUGGAUUCACAGUACCAGAUGUCGCUGAGGCACUGGAAAGGAUCAAAGGCUUUGGUUAUGAAAUCAUCAAACCACUUGAUGAGGCGAAAGAAGAACAGAUGGGAUUACCCGCGGAGGCUGUAGAAGGGAAACACGGGAAGGUACCGGAUGGCUACAAGCAUGUCUUCAAACAGCUCGCUUUCGUUAAGGACCCGGAUGGUUACUGGGUUGAGAUUGUACCUCAGGUGGUCAAGCCGCCGAGUGGGUAG